UGUGUGUGUGUGUGUGUGUGUGUGGAUGAUUUGUGCUUUUGGAUUCAACUGUUCUUUCACUGUUUUCAGAAAACGUGAGGUCAAAGGUUUAUUGUGCUUCUCGUUGCAGCUCCGUCGACAGGUUGAUAUUUAAAUGCUUCUCUGAGAUGUUGCAGGCUGGUCAGUCUCAGGGCAACGUGACGGUUGGACUGGUGUUUCUGGAGAGAGUGUUGUUUUCCACUCUGACUACGGCACCGUACUGCAUCUUCUUCUUCAUUAACGUCACCUUGUUGUUCACCCUGAGGAGCAAAGCCUUGUUCCGUGACUCCUCCCGUUACGUCCUGUUGUUCAACCUGGUGAUGGCAGACACGCUGCAGAUGACACUGAGCCAAUUACUGUACCUGCUCGCUGUCUGCCGAGUGGUGCUGACGUACCCCGUCUGUGGUCUGCUGGUCAUGGUCGCCAACCUCACCAAUGAAAUCUCUCCCCUCACGCUGGUGGUGAUGUCACUGGAGAGAUACGUGGCCGUGUGCUACCCACUGAGACACGCCGCCAUCGUCACCAUCAGGAACACCGCCGUGGCCGUGGCCGUUGUCUGGUUCUCCAGUUUACUAAACGUCCUCACUCGGGUUCUGCUGCUGUUAGACUUUCCCUUCGAGAAGCUGGACACGCUGCAGAUGAGCAACUUUUGCGGCUUAUUUGUUAUGUUCCUCGGGUCGAUGUCCGAUGAUUAUGACAAAGCCUACACCUGUUUUCUGUUUGUCUCUGCGACCGUGACGAUCGCCUCCACCUACGUGGGCGUGAUGUUCGCCGCCAGGUCGGCGUCUGCGGACAAAGCUUCGGCUCAUAAGGCUCGUAACACGCUGCUGCUGCACCUGGUGCAGCUGGGCCUCAGUCUGCUGUCCACCAUGCACAACGCCAUGCUUGUCGCCGUGUCAAAAAUUGUCACGAUGAACCUGCUCCUGCUAUUCCUGAAUGUUUUUUAUGUGUUCAUCAUGUUGCUGCCGCGGUGUCUGAGCUGCCUCAUCUACGGGCUCAGAGACAAGAGCAUCAGGCCCGUGCUCCUGUUCCACCUGUGCUGUCGUCUGAAGGUGUCGACCAAGACUCAGGUCUCGCCCUGAGACACAGGCCACGAGUUCACCUCUGUGUGUUCGUCACGUGUUUAUUAAAGAGCAAGAAACAAAGAGGGAACUUGUGUUUGUGAAAGAUGACAUGUUUAUAAUUAAGUCUGAGGCCACAGAACUGUGUCAGGACAUUCUCCGCAGUUUGUCUUCCACAUGUCUGAGUCAGAAAAUCCCUGGAUCAUUCUGAUCAGCACAUGAUGAAAACACCAGUUGCUCGCUGUGAAUCCUCAGGAGAUUCUCCUGCUGCUGUUUCCUCACAUGGACUCACUCAGAUAUUCUCCAGAGGUUAAACCAGGAGGCUGAAGGAGAAAGUGCAGAGAAUGUCCGGACACAGUUCUGUGGACAAAGUCCCGCUGUAGUUUAGUCAGUGUGUCUCUGAUCAAUAGAAUUUCACGGUGACAAGGACCACGACAAUAUGUCAUUGAAAGGUUUUUAGGGAAGUCGGUGUGCUGGAUGUUGACGGUGAAUGAUUCAGGUGUGAUUCCACCCGAACAGAUGGAGGGGAGAGGACUGGGGGGGGGGGGGUGAUGCUCCAGAAACCAAACUUCACUAAUUAAACUUCAUUAGUCAAACAUGUGAAAGGUAAAGGAACAAAAUGAUAUGUGGGAUACAGUGAUGUUUAGGAUAUAUUAAUAGAGACCUCCGUCUUAUUUUUCAUUGUUUAUUAUAAUUAUAAUUUUGUUAAUUUAUGUGUACCUGACAUAUUCAUGUGCACUAGCAACUGUAAUGUUGUAGUAAACUGAUGAUGAUUUGAAUGGCAACUCAGACAAUUUGGGCAGCUUAGGGGUCCUCUGGGUGAGACGGGGAAGGAACACACGUCACUCAUUAGACAGACAAGCUGCAGUGUGCAGACAUGUUGUGCUGAUGUGUGUGUGUCUCUGCAUUUCCAGAACCGGAACCAGAACGCCUGGAAGUCUCUUUUGUGUCCACGCGUGCAACAGAUAUGAUAUGAUUUCCAUUCAUAACAUCUUGUAAUUCUUCCUAAAACAAGGGAAAUAUUUAUCCAGAUAAAAGUCUUUUGUGUGUUUUGUCAUCUUCCUUAAACAGUUUUGUCCUGAUCCAGACAC